AUGGCAUCAGACGACUUCCUGGACGCGCUUGCCACUUCGCAUGUGCAAGAUCCGCUAAACAGUGUUUACUCGGCAUGGUCUCAGUCAGCGCCAUUCGAAUAUUGCCCGUUGUGGCGCAAGGGCACCAUACGAGUACUACAUUUACUGCCUGGAGCGUCCAAGGACCCGAUAUUGUGCGAGAUCGAGCACGUAUCGUUGGACGAAGGAGUUGAGUACAACGCCUUGUCUUAUGCUUGGGGCGAUCCCGGCGAAAGAGUGGCAAUCAGUGUCUUCGGGCAUGGCUUUCAAGUCACCGCAAGCCUGGCAGAGGCACUUCGGGCCUUUCGAAAGCGACAGAAAACUGUACCUGUCUGGGCGGACGCCGUGUGCAUCAAUCAGACGGAUCCGGCUGAACGGGCCGAGCAGGUCGGCCGGAUGAGGGACGUGUAUGCCAAUGCCCGGCAAGUCAUCGUCUGGUUGGGGAAUGGUUCAGCAAUGUCGGAACUAGGACUGACGGUGAUAAGAAAGGCCAACACGCUGCCGGUGGAGGAGUGGAAUCGUCUCGUGAUUGAGACAAAAGGCGAGGCAAGGUUCCUGAAGAUGAUACUGCACGGUUUGAUGGACAUAUUCGGCCGGUCUUGGUGGAGUCGUGUGUAG